AUGGACAAUUGUGAAAUGGCUCCAGAUUUCCUUUCGUACUCUGCUGAUUGGGGUCAGUCCCUAGACUACUGUUUGUCCGAACGAAUUCCCCCUCAUCGUCUCGGUCCAGUGCCUGGAAUGGCUGAAAUGACACGAUCCCAACAGAGUUAA